AAAGGGCGGCACAAUGCUCUAUAUUUCCGUAUUUGUGGUCCUAAACAUCGCCUGUAUAUCCCAGAGCUCUGUCAUCAGGCCGUCUGAGAAGAUCUACAGCAAACGCAGCCUUGAGAUAUUUCCAAAUAUUGCACGACUGGCCGAGGAAUGUAAUAAUAAGAAGGAAGGAGGCGGAGAGGACACCAAGGAGUGCAAAGUUUCGAUUGGCAAGACAGAUGCCAAGUCCAAGGCCUCCAACAUUGCCCAGAAAGCGGCGCAAGAGGCAAAGGCGGCAAAUGAUGCACAGAUGACAGCGGCGGACGCUGCCGCCUCCCAGGUCAAGCUGGAGCUCGCCGAGAAGGCCUUGCAGUCCGCACGCGCUGCCGAGGCCGCUCUGGCCGGCAAGCAGCAGAUCUUCGAGCAACUGCAGAUGGAGAACCGCGAAGCCGAAUCCGUUGUGCAGGAGGUUGACAGCUCGCUGCACAAUACGCAGGCGAAUGCUGCCGCUGCCAGCGAUGCCAUCGUCGAGGCAAAGAACCAACUGGAUAAUCUCAAGAAACUUGUGCGAGCUUUCACCAAGAAUCUCGAAAACAUGGAGAGCAUAUCGACUGGCGCACAACAGGAGCUGGCCGAGAAGACCCAGCUGCUGGAGGCGGCCAAGAAUCGACAGCAAAGCCUGGCCAGCCAGCUGCUGAAGGCCAAGCACGACUACGAGGAAACCAAGAAGGCCGCCUACAGAGCAACCUGUGCAGCAAUCGAGGCCAAGCAAAAGGCGCAAAAGAGCCGGCGCCAGAAUAAUUUUAAUCGAACUGUGAACCACUGAUCGAACCACCUAUUA